AUGGCGAACCUCCAUAGAUCAUCUGGCUCCUACUCUGGCUCUGUGAAUAAUCUCGUGAAGGAUUCCAGGUCCUCCAUUGACAGCGAACGCAGCGUGGAUGUAGAUGUGUCCCCUCCACAUACCAAUGGCGUCCAUGAGCAGAGCAACGGAGUGGUUGAUCAUGUUGAAGACUCGAGUGACCCCAUAGAGCGACUUCAACGGGAACUUGAUCGAACGAAGGAGGAGAAAGAGAAGCUGGCAACACAAUACCGCAAUCUGUUGGCCAAAUUAACGCAAAUGCGUACAACUUUGGGCAAUAAGUUGCAACAAGACGCCGAAGAGUUGGACCGACGAGAACAACUUGUACAGCAACUGACGGCAGAAAAGGAGGAUCUCACUGCAACAGUGGAAACCUUGAAGCAAGAGCUAUUGGUAUCUCAUGAGGAGGUUGAGCGUGCCUCCAGCAAGCUCGAUGCCAUGCGCACGCGCGUUCUACAAGAAAAUGCUCAGGAGAGCAUCCAACGGGAAAAGGAGCUACGUGACACUCAAUUGGAAUUGGAACAAUGUAGGAUGGAACGCGACGAAUGGGAGCGAUCGGCUCUGCAAGCACAAGCAAUAUCUGAAGAUGCGCGUUCUACAGUGGAGGCUCUUAGACGAGAGUUGGAGCUGGAGACGGCGGCCAGAGCUAGAGAUAUGGCAGAAUUGGAAAGAGAGCGAGAAAAAGCCGACAAUCUGCAGUCUGUGCUUCAAGAUUUCCAGUCAGUCAAGGAUCAUGAACUGCGGGAAGCAGUGAAAGAUUACGAAUCACAGCUUCUUCAGACCACCCAAUCCCUUGCAGAGUUCAAGCAUCGAGCACUUAAUGCUGAACUUCAACUAGAAGAAUCUCAUGCCAACAUAACUCGUACCCAGGAACUGGAGAAGGAGGUGAAAGAGAAGAAGUUGCAGAUAGACAAACUACGGCACGAAGCUGUCAUCAUCAAUGAGCAUUUGAUGGAAGCACUUCGGCGGCUCAGACGAAAUUCCACAGAAAUGAAUGUUGACAGACGUCUGGUCACAAAUGUCCUGUUGUCCUUCCUUUCAACACCCAGAGCAGACAGCAAAAGAUUCGAGAUGCUGUCUCUACUGGCCUCCAUUCUGUCGUGGAACGAUCAAGAACGAGAAAAAGCAGGCCUUCAACGAAUUCAUCCGUCUGAGGGGUCUCAGCCGUCAUCGUUCUGGGGCCGCUCCUCGAAUGUAACCUCCCCAAGUCGUGCCAAUCCUGAGCUAGAGAAAUCGGAUGAAACCGAGUCUUUUUCCAGGCUUUGGGUAGAAUUUCUUCUCACAGAAGCCGCUGCAGGGGAAUCUCCAACGCAACCCACUCCAUCUCAACCACGCUCCAGCAUGACAUCAAUACCCGCAAGUCCACCAGGAUACCCUCACCCAGGACCUCCAAGGAGGCUAUCUUCAUUAAGUUCAGCAGGUGCCGCCAGCUCACCAAAUCUCCUUGGUCCACUUCCAUCAAGAAAAGGAAAAGAAAAAGAAAGAGUGGCAUCGGAGUCAUGA